GAUUGCCACGCCCCACGUACCCACUAACCCCCAUAAACCUCCAGCACGUUUGUUCACCCUUUUCUUUCAUAGUUACCGUGGACCAAUCUUUUCUCACUCUCCAUUUUCCUAUAUAUAACAAACAUGACAGAGUGCGCACUGCGCUUAGCCUCUUCUUCUCGUGCUCUCUCUGCUAGCUUGCGCAUCUCACAUACCCGAUUCUCUCCUCUCCGUCAAUCUGUUCCGUUGACUUCUCCAUCUAUUGUUACAAAGCCACUUUCUUGGUCCCACCAACAUAGGAGAAUCUCAGUGUUGAGUACAAAAGCAUCAAUGGCUGAAACCGUGACAGGAAAAAACAAAGGGGAAGUAAAAGUGUUUGAUUCUGAAGAGGAACUUGCUGUGUCUCUAGCCAAGUAUACAGCUGAUUUAUCCGAGAAGUUUUGCAAAGAGAGAGAUGCUUUUACUGUUGUUGUUUCCGGUGGUUCACUUAUCAAGUCUCUUAGGAAAUUGGUGGAGCCGCCGUAUAUUGAUUCGAUAGAUUGGUCAAAGUGGCAUGUUUUCUGGGUGGAUGAGAGAGUUGUACCAAAGGAUCAUACUGACAGCAAUUAUCUGCUUGCGUAUGAUGUUUUCCUCUCCAAGAUACCUAUUCCUGCUGGUCAUGUGUAUGCCAUUAAUGAGGCAUUAUCAGCAGAGGGUGCAGCAGAUGAUUAUGAGACUUGUCUAAAGCACUUAGUUAACAGCAAUAUUGUAGACAUCUCUAAAGAGAGUGGAUUUCCAAAAUUUGAUGUGAUGCUAUUGGGUAUGGGUCCAGAUGGACAUGUAGCAUCCUUGUUUCCUGGGCAUCCUCUUGUCCAUGAGAAAGAGAAGUGGGUCACCUUCAUCAAGGACUCUCCAAAACCUCCGUCGGACAGGAUUACAUUUACAUUUCCUGUAAUAAACUCAUCUGCAAAUAUCGCACUUGUAGUAGCAGGUGCUGGGAAGGCAGAUGUAGUGCAUAAAUCGCUAGGUGAUAGUGACCGUUCUGAUUUGCUGCCUGUGCAGAUGGUUUCACCUGAAGGAGAAUUGGUUUGGUUUUUAGACAAGGCUGCAGCUUCAAAGCUGUAAGGAUGAAGAAAUAUGUGAGUUGUGAAUUAGUGCUUCACUGCAGUGUGUAUUUUGUAAUCUUCAAUACAUUCUCGAGCAGGGAUGUUUUUCCCAGUAUUGCCAGUGGAAUAUUGAGGCUUCAUGUGCCAUAAUCCAAUUUCUGGCAGUUUUUCCGCAUUUGUUUCUGUAAUGUAUGUUUUGCUACCAGGAAGUCAGUAAUAAUAGUACAGUUUGUGCUAUUUA